CGCCCCCCGGUAAUGCAGCACGGGAGAAAGAGAAUGGAACAAAAUGAAGGACUUCGCGGUAACCGAGGCUCUUCAGUAGAGAACUAGAUUAAAGACUACUGACAGUUCACGGACGGUGAUGCGCAAUGCCCAUAGUGGACAAGCUGAAAGAGGCCCUGAAGCCGGGCCGAAAGGACUCUACCGAUGAAGGGGACCUGAAUAAGCUGCUCUCCUCCUCGGCCAAGAAGGUCCUGCUGCAGAAGAUUGAGUUCGAGCCUGCAACCAAAGGCUUUAGCUACCAGCUGGAGACGCUCAAGACCAAGUAUGUGAUCCUGAACCCCAAGACCGAUGGUGUGGUGCAGAGAGCGGCUGAGCCCACGCCGAUCAAGAGGCAAGGCUCAGAAGGCCUAAGUGGAGGUCAGAGUGAUGGCAUCCCAGCACCUCAGAAGCUGCUCUUUCCAGGGAACAAACUCUCCAUGAAGUGGGAGCGAGUGUACCGGGUGGGAGCAGGCCUCCACAACCUGGGCAACACGUGCUUCCUGAACUCCACCGUGCAGUGUCUCACGUACACCCCGCCAUUAGCCAACUACCUGCUGUCUAAGGAGCACAGCCGCUCCUGUCACCAGACAGGAUUCUGUAUGAUAUGCAUCAUGCAGAACCAUAUCAUCCAAGCCUUCGCCAACACCUGCAAUGCCAUAAAGCCUGUGUCAUUUAUCCGUGACUUGAAAAAAAUCGCCCGCCACUUUCGGUUUGGCAGCCAGGAGGACGCCCAUGAAUUUUUGCGUUACACUAUCGACGCCAUGCAGAAAGCCUGCCUUAACGGUUACCCAAAGCUGGACAGACAGACGCAGGCCACUACGCUGGUUCACCAGAUCUUUGGGGGUUACCUGAGGUCAAGAGUCAAGUGUUCUAUUUGUAAAAGUGUGUCAGAUACAUAUGACCCCUACCUGGACAUAGCUGUUGAAAUUCGGCAAGCAGCCAAUAUCGUUCGUGCCCUGGAGCUGUUUGUCAAGCCUGAUGUUUUAAGCGGCGAGAAUGCAUACAUGUGUGCCAAAUGUAAAAAGAAAGUACCGGCAACAAAACGCUUCACAGUUCAUCGGACGUCGAACGUGCUUACACUUUCCCUUAAACGCUUCGCCAACUUCAGUGGAGGAAAGAUCACGAAGGAUGUUGGCUACCCAGAGUUCCUGAACAUUCGUCCAUACAUGUCUCAAAACUCAGGAGACCCAGUGAUGUAUGGGCUUUAUGCGGUCCUGGUGCACUCUGGGUACAGCUGUCACGCUGGUCACUACUACUGUUAUGUAAAGGCCAGCAACGGGCAGUGGUACCAGAUGAACGAUUCGAUGGUACAUUCCAGUAACAUCAAGGUUGUACUCAAUCAACAGGCUUACGUCCUCUUUUACCUGAGGAUUCCUGAGAAAAAGAACACUGAGAGUUUGAGUGUAAAGCAGAACUUGGUGCAUUCUGCAAGGAGUAACAUGACCCCUGAGCAGCUAAAGAAAAUUCCACUCAAUGGCCCCUUGUCCUCCCCGCAGAUCACCAAGAAGGUGGAUACCGCUCAGCUGAGAAAGAUCCAGUCCGUGGAUGGAGGGCUAGGCGUGCCAGUGGCCCGCAAUGGCUCGGGUAUCCAAUCGCCUAAACUGGCCAACGGUACACCAAGGGUGCCGGGUGGCCCAACGCUGAUCGAGGAGCCCAUCAAGAAGCUGAAGAAGCCUCCCGCUCAGCCCCAGAGCCGCACCAACAUUCCUGCGUCCUCCUCCAACGGCGUCGCAAAAUCUGAGCAGGACAAGGGAAGCAGCGGUGAGGGGCGAAGCCUGGCAGUGUCUACCUCACUCAAGUCUCUUGCAUCAGAAUCCUCGUCCACAGACACCUCGUCUGAGUCCAAGGAUUCGAUUGGCACCAGGAGUGCUCCCGUGGGAAACGUGACCACUCCUGUAAAGAGCAUCAUAAACAGAACUUCCUCUCCGGCUAAAAGCGCCGAGCGACUUGCUGCUGAGGAUCAGAAAUCGGCCAAGCUGAAACCUCCUGCCCUCAACAACAUCGCAUCCGAACAAACCAGCACCAUGUCGCCCCCUCCUGCCAAAAGGCUGGCACUGUCUGCCAAGAAGGCCAGUCCCAGCCGGAGCCCGAACAACAACAGCAGCAGCAGCAGCAGCCGCCGCAGCAUUGAGGCUCCGCCCUUUUCAUUGCAUCAUCUGUCCCGUGACCCUACGCAUUCAGCUCUACUUCAUCCUCUGACCCCCAACUCACCUUCCCAAAACCACAGGAUUCCAUUCCAUUCUGCCAAGCAGCCUCAGCAUGUACCUCACCUCUUUAAAAAUGCAAGCCUGCUUAAGGAACCUCCGUCCUCCUCCACCUUCUAUUCUUCCUCCUCCUUGACGAAUCCCACAGUUUCUUUACCCGUCAGCAGGCUUCAGAACCCCUGCCCGUCCAGCAACUGCGGACCAAUCCAGACCCAGAAAACCACUACAUCAGCUACAGAGUCUCCCAAUGGACUCACCAGUCCACUCUUAAAGAAGAAGAAGAAGAAGAAAAAGAAGCGGCACCAUUCUGAGAUGGAAAACCCUACCGCUGAGCUUCAUGCCAAAUCAGAACAGGACAUGGCAGAGCUCGCAGAUGAAAUGAGAAAGGUAAAAAAGUGCAAGAAAAAGAAAAGGGAGGAGGAGCCAAAUGGCUCAAAGGUUCAAAAAGAAGGUGUGCAUUCCCAUCUGGAGCCAUCCGCUCAGGAUGAAGACUGGUGCCUCGGAGAGACAUGGAGAAUGAACCCAGAUGGAAGUUCAGAAAGGCCAAAACAGCGACCGAUCACCCAGCCAAAAGCAUCGCAGGCCCAAGAACAAAUUCAUACAAUGCUGUGCGAGAUUCCACAAAACGAACACAACUCCACUAUUAAAAAGAAAAAGAAGAAAAAGCAGCAAGAGAAGCUGGAUGAGAGCAUCAAGCACAAGACUUCUGAAAGAAGGCCAGAGAUAACACAAAGAGACUCAGAAUCACUGGACGUGACUGUCUUAAAGAAAAAAAACAAGAAGAGGAAAAGAGACGCACUCCAGACAGAAGUUGAGGAAGCUCAGGAGAACAGUGCUGCAGAUGAGCCACUUAGUCAAACAAACCAUGUUGUGCUGGAGAAAACCUCUAAACCCAAUACAGCUGCAGUGGUGGUCUGGGACAGCCAGGUUCAGGACGGUUAUAAGCGCAGCAAAGACACUGCGGAUUCAGAGCAGAGGCCUGGGAAAGAGUCUCGUCCUGCUUCUGCAGCCUGGGACGGCAAGAAGAGCUCUAGUGUAGUCGAAGAACUGCUUAAGAACGCCACCGAUAAAGCAUACGGUACAGAAGUCCUCAGUUGGGAUGGGGAGCGCUCUGCCAUUAGUAGAGAUGCCAUGCAGGACACGCGUGAUGCCAACAACGAGACUGUAAUCGACGAAUGGGACGAAGAGUUUGACGGUGGAAAGGUUAAGAAGUUAAAGAAGUUUAAAAAGGAAAGGAGAAGAAGUUUUAACGUCUUCCAGAAGAUCCAGGAUCGACGCAACAUGUGGUCUGUCACACCAGGAGCAAGAAGGAACAGUUGGGGCCAUCGCUACUGACAUGAAGGAUUCAAGAUGCAGUUUCUGUUCACACACACACCCUGGCUUGACCUCCUUAUCGGAGAAGAUGCUGCGAAAUCUCUUUGAGAACGGUGCAGAAAUGUGAGAGGCUUGUGUGGGAAGUUAAUAAAGCGAUGAGACCAAAGCCAUCCAUCUGCAGUCCAGUAUUUGGAGUCUAAAAAAAUUGAGCUUGGGUUUCAGCAGAUUAGUGCAUUGUGCUGCAACACCAUAAAUAUACAGUUAUGGCUGCAUAUAAUUUGAGUUCAUGAUGAAAUACUGUAUUGUGUCUUGCAGAAUCAGGAAAGGAGGUGUAUUUCCUCUGAAAACUGAUAAAUUGUUGUGUAAUGGUGCUGUUAUUAUUGGGUUAUUGAUAAAAUAGGCUUACAAUACUGCCUAGUAUAUCGACAAGAAUAACAUUUUCCCGGUAUAAAUUAAGCUUUUUCAUGUUUUCCCCUGUUCUUAAAGAUUUUAUUUCACGUUAUUACAUUUGAUAUAUGAUGUAGUCCGAUUGGCCAGAUAAGUAAUCUGCUACAUAUUUUCUAUGUAAGGCCAGCAAUUUUUAAUUCCUGUUCUUUGUAUUAUUAUAUGAUCCUCUUUUUUUCCCUCUCCAUGUUGUCUGUUUAUCACACUGAAUGUUGUGGAAAAAAAUGUCGUUCCGUGUUCUUUUUCUUACUUC